AUGUAUGUCAAUAUUGCAAAUACGGAGUUUUGUUAUGGAUUCUACAAUCUACAUCAACAUUGUGAAACGUUGUAUUUAUAACCGUGUGACGUGUUAACUAACCAUGUGAAGUAAUUUCGGUAAAGUUACUUAACGAAUAUAGAUAAAGGAUUAAGGUCAGUGUAACGAUAAUCCAUAAUAGGUAGUAGAUACCUAUAGUUUACGAAGCCUAGCCUAUGACAAGUUCAGGUAGGAGCUAGGUGUCAGGACUUGAUUUCAUCAUGGGGGAGAAACCAGAGAAAGAUGCCUUAAUGAAAACCUUAUUGACAACAAGUUCCCUUGUGUCCUCAAGCCUCACUAGCAGUGGUCCUGUAAAGAGCCAAAUUGGCAUGGGAACAUCAGCCAUGAAUCCAGUAUCAUUUCGCCGACCAACUUCUACUUCAAGGCCUGGAUCUCCCCGAGCUGGUGGAAUGGUGUUUGGUGUUGGAGAUAAUGUUGAUGUUAAGACCAAAGGAAGUGAUCCUCAUGCUAGAUUUACAUCAAUGCUUAGACUGGCAAGUGGACAGGAAAGUGAGUCUGAUAUAGUGAUGCUAGAUCAUCCCUAUGCCAGGCCUUGGAAUUGGCGACCUGAAUUAUCUCAGGCUAGACCUCGGAAAAUGCUGUUUGUUUCAAAAACUCCUCGUCAGACACGAAGCAGCCCUGGAUAUGAUGAACUAAGUGAUGUUGAUGGUGAACCAUCACCGCUGCCACCAUUGCCUUACGACUUGAGCAAGGCUCAACAAGUAAUGAGUGAGUGCGAAAGGCAUGUUGUUUUUGCUCGACUGGAUCAAAUAAAAACUGAUAAUAAACCAGAAGAAACCAAGUCAGCAGAUGAUGAUGAAGAAGAUUGGGAAGAAAAGAUUCCAAAGAUUGGCUGGACGGACCCACAGCAGAACCUUUUCAAUAAAGUGGUGGAAAUUUUAGAUGCUGACAGACUAAGUCGUUUGGCCCUCAAAAACACUCACAACGAACCAGUUUCAAGAAGAGCACAAGUUGAUAAAACCUCUGCCAAAUUUCGCAAAGCACUGGGACAAGUAAAUUGGGAUCCAAAGCUAACACAGUGGCUGCACUCAACAUUGCUGCAGCAUCUUAGCCUUUCAUACUUAGCAGCCUAUUUAGAUAUUUUGCAGACCCUUAAAUCAAAAAUUCCAACACUUAUUGACAAAAUGGUAGCGCUUAGCAGUAGCCAACGAGGAGCAAGUGUAGAAGCACUCAAUCUCUUGCUGAAAAGACCUUGGGACCCUGCUGUGCCAUCUUUGAAUCAGCAUAAGCCACGUAAGCUUGAGGGAUCAGUAAUUGUGAUACAAGUUCCAAGUGGUCCCCCCUCCAGCAUUCCACAAGCUCCACGAAGGAUACGUUUUUUUAAUGCACAGCUUCAGCAUAUGGCCAAGACUGUUCCUGUAAUGAUUACUCCAGAUAAUAAUGACCCAAGCUCUGUUUUAGAGCAAAUAUUGACAGAGGUUCGAGCACGUGUUGUUGAUUGCAAGGCCCAGUAUCCAAAUAGCUCAAUUGUAUUGCUUGGAUGGGGAAUUGGUGCCAUUAUUGCAUGCCAUGUGUCAGUGUUAGAAACAGUUACUGCAAAUAUUUGCCUGGGCUACCCUGUAACUGGAGCAUCAGGAAAGCGAGGCGAGGCAGAUGAUCCUCUGCUGGACUGUCGUACUCCAACAUUAUUCAUUAUUGGUGAAAAAGCAUCUAAUGUAACCAUAGAUGAUAUUGAAGACAUAAGGCAUCGCCUUCGUGCUGAGACAGGUUUGGUUGUUGUUGGAGGAGCAGAUUCCCAUCUUCGUUUGUCUGUAGAAAAACGUCAUAUUGAAGGGGUCACACAGUCGAUGGUAGACCGAUGCAUUGUGGAUGAAAUUGGAGAUUUCUUGGGCCAUCUUAUGAAUGACAGUAGUAGUACUCUGUCAUAUUCAUACUCGUCAUCGUAUCCAUCUCAUAUGACGUCUUCAGCUGGUUUCUCCCAUUCAUCACUAAGUACAUCAUUUACUAACCCCCUGCCUCCAAAGUCGCAGCGUAAGGAAGCAUCAAGAAAAAGAAAGUUCUCCACCAGUAGUUCCUUGGAUGGCUCAGCUCCUCCAUCUCCUGCAAAGAUAUCUAGACCAAGUACACCAAUUAAUGGUAACUUGAAGAUACCUGUAGGAGUUGCAGCAGUAUCUUCACCAGGACCUGGCCACAGUGGUGCUGAAUCAGUUACUACUACCCCUUGUACAUCCCCAUUCCAGUCAAGCAGUAGUUCCACACCAUUGAGUGAAUGUCCAAGUAUUUCUAACCCUGGUACACCUAAAUCAGCAGCUGGUACCCCUCAAGUUUCCCCUGCUGUUUCACUCAAGCGCAAAUACACUCGCAAGGUUGAGUCACAGCGAUCUCUAAAGAUGAAAAGUCUUGCUUCUAAUUUUGCUGCUAGUCUCUCUUCAAUGGCUCCAACUCUUACAUCUCCAUUGCUGACCACCACUAGUGUUGGAGAGACUCUUACAACAUCUAGUGCAGAACUCCCAAGCAUUCAGAGCAAACAAGGGGCUAUAACUGGGACUACUAUGAAUGUCCCUAUGCCUUCCCCUUCUAACUCCCCAGUGUCUUCACCUGCUUCAUCAACUGUUGCAACGAUAUCCCUGGGUUCAAUAGCCUCAGUUUCACGUCAGAAGUAUAAGAUUCUUCAGUCGUCAUCAGCUAACGAGGAUCAGUAUCCUUUUCAAAUCUCAGCAUCAAAUGUAGAAGAAGACCCUUCAUCUGAUGCCAUAACAUCCUUUGACAGUACAUCAGGCAUAUUUACAGCACUUCCUGUUCCAGUAUCUUCAGCUUCAUCAUCUGAAGAUUCACCUGCUCAGUUUUCUGCUACAUCACCUUCCUCCCCCACCUUGGAGCCCAGUUCCGAGGGAAGUCCUAUACUGCGUCAGAGACUGAGUGACAACAGUAAUCUUAGCAGUAUCAGCAAUUCACCAGGAAAAAUGGCUGUAAAGAGUGUAAAUUUCACUCAGUUGGGUAACAUUUCUGGCAAAAUGAUAAAGGAAGUUCCUCCUAUGUUUUCUCCAUUGUCAGUGUCUGUGACUACAGCUGUUACCACUAGUGCCACGACUAGCACAACAACAGCCCCAGUAAAAAAAAUUGUUGGCAGUACCAUAGUAACUCCUAUGGGAUGGAACAAAAGAGGAAGACCAUCAACAAAGUCAAGGCCAUUGUUACAUAGUCUAACUACAGCUAAAGUAACAGCAGACAUUCAAGGAACAAGUUUGGCAUCAUCCUUAGGAAAUGUAAUAAGUUUAGGAACGACAACCAGCCAAAUUGGUAGCCGGGGUGGCAUUGUUAGUGUCAGUUCAAAAGGAAGCACUCCUAUUACCACUUCCAUCAUUUUAUCCAGUUCAGAUUCAGCAACUGACACACACCAGGUGCCAAACCUAAGAAGUGGUAAUAACCAUAGUCCACGUGGAGGGAAUGCUGGAGUCAGAGUUUAUUCAGGCAGUCCAAAGGCAACUCCACCAUCAUUCUUACUAACAAACGUAUCUUCAGCCUCAAAUGUACGAAUGGCUAGCCCUUCUAUGGUCAUAACGAAUACAAUGAAUUUACCAUCAGGGACACCUGUAGUAAGCUCUAGUGAUACAAACACAUUAUCACUUGGUAUGGGGUCUGUAGUUGUUAGUGCUGGAGGAGUAAGCGGCAGUGGAUCUGUGGUUGGAGCAGGAAGAGGAAGAGUUAUUCUCACCUCAAGUCCACGACUGAUACGUUCUUUUGUUGGACAAAGUGCACGCACUAUUACUACAACCCGAGCUUUAAACACACGCCCUACGGUUAUGUUGGUUACUACGGCAACCCCACCAACAACUACAACUACCUGUAACCCAGCAUCUCGAAGGGCAUCAACUCUAACCACAGCUUUGACACCAGCUUCAAUUGCUCUGUCCACCAGUCAGACUUCUUUGACUGUUGCUUCAUCAAUCCCAAUUAAUUCCAUGAAUAAAACUGCAUCUGUGCCAACAGGGGAACUAGCACUCUUAGUUGCAGCUUCAGAAAUGAGUGAAAGAGCAAGUGAUUCUACUUCAUCUUCAAAUGAUUUGAAUAUAUGCUCUCUAGGAAAUACAGUAAGGGGUGCAAAAAGUCCACCAGCUGUACUAAUUACAUCACAGUUAACUCCACCUGAGGAAUCCUCUACUGUUCAUGAUAGUGAUAAAAUAGUUGUAUCGCAAACUUUCACUACUGUUGCAGAUAUGCAGAGUUCUGUUGAUCCAUGUGUUACCACAGUUACAUCAACACUUGAAAGCAGUUCUUGUCCUUCUGUUUCACAGUUGCAACAAAUAAAUAUUAGUACUGCUACAUCAGGUACAUCAAUUAAAUCAGGGUCCUCUUGGGGAACACUUACUCCUGUUACCAAACAAGGAGACUCUCCUAUAUCUUCUAUACUUCCUGUAACUUCUACUAUUUUAACUAGCACCAAGAAGCUUAAUUCAUGUAAUUUAUUAACAGGGUUAAGUACAGGAAAACAGUCAGGUGUAACAAGUACAACUAAACAGUCUGGUGCAAUUACUACAAUUAUCACGACUACCAAUACAACACAAACAACAGCUCCUACCACUUUAGCCAGUGCGGUAACACAUGCUUCUCAUCCAGUCAUUGCUUCAACAUCUACCACAACUCAGGCUUCAACUUCUACUAGUUCUGCUGUCAGAACUAUUAAUACUAGUACUUCAAAGUUGUCAUCCAUAGCUACAGUUGGAUCAAAAACUAUUAUAACUAGUUCUAGAAAUGAAAAUAUUGGCAUGAAAACUGCUGGUGCUUCACUGGUUUCUCAAACUUCUGUAAGUGACAGUGAAAUUGGAUGCAGUGGAAGUACCUUACCUUCAGUUACUAAUGCUGGAAAUAGUGUUCAACCAGACCUGAUUACUGGGAGGACUUUGUCAGGUGUCACCGAUGGAACAAACGUUGUUAUUUCUAGCAUUUCUAAAUGUCCCUCCACAAACAAUGACAGUAAAACUGUUACCAAUGAUAGUAAAACUUUUAUCCAUGACAGUAAAACUGUAAUUACCACAUCAUCAUCCUCUGAUGGUGCAAAAGCUUCAUCUGAUCCCAUCACCAAAAUGACUAUUACAACUAGUGGAACCAAAACCAUUGUUACUAGUGCAUCAAAAACAGCUGUGACAACAAGCCCAAAUAAAGCUGUCCAAGCAAAUAAUACACCAAAAACUACUAUUUUUACAAGUAGCACAAAAUGUCCAACUACUGGCACUAAGACAGUUAUCACUACUACUAGUGUAAAGUCGACCACUUCAUCAGAAAGCAAGAGCACUUCAGCAGAAAGCAAGAGCAAGUCUAAUAUUGGUAAAGCUGCUCCAUCCAGUAGCAAUACAAAGUCUACAACUGUUAGCAGCUGUAGUACUACAAAAGUUUUACCUUCUACAACUGGCAAUAAUUUGAAGGGCAGUGGUAACCGAAAUACAGUAAGUGAAACAAAGACCCCUACUGGAGGUAGUACAAAAUCUUCAAGUGCAACCUUAAGAUCUAGCCAGGGCUCCAAAGGUGUUGUCACCAGAACUUGCAGAGUGGGUCUCAGUACUAGGAGCAGAAGAAGUACAGGAUCUGUGCAAGAGGAACUUGACAAUAGCAGCAGAAAAUCGAGCAGUACUACAAGAGAGUUAUCACCAUCCUCAAAGUCUCUCAACCUUAAACGUGGUCGUGCUAGAGGUAAAGGUAGAAAGUCAAGGUAAUCUUUUUAAUUCCUAAUAUGUAUUUACUCAUCAAAAUUCAACCACUGUGUAUGUGUAAGAUUAGACUGCGUAUGUUUUAUAGCCAUAUUUUCAGAUCCCCAUAUAGUACGAUGGGAGUAUUAUCUUAAUCAGUAAUUGUCAAAAAUUGUAAUUAUAAAUAUAUAGCACUUCUGUAAAGCAAUGUCAGUUACAAUAAAUUGUCUGAUGAAUGUUUCAUUAAAAUGUUUUGGUAUUUAUAAACUCUUUUAGUUGCACAUAGCUCAGUUCUUAUAGAACUGUGAAAGGAACCAUAAAAUAUAAAAAUUAUUGAAUUGUAUUUUGGUCAGCUCUAAACUGUUAAACAAAAUUAUUUGAAUUAUAUGAGUAACACCAUAUAUCAGUAACACCAUAUAUCAAUGUGCAUGAUAUGAAUUGGAAACUAUUGCUUUUUACAACCUGCGAAUAAGUAUACAUAUAACAAUAUGAAUAUGAAUCCUAAAACAGGUGGAGGAAAAU